GUUGAUCGGAGUUUGGGAAAUGUUUCAGAAAUUGAUGCCACUUCGGACUUGAACUCUGAAUUUCAGCUCCAUUGUUCGUAUGGUUUCAAUAUUGGGUUCUUUUUUCUAACCAAAAACAUGCAAAAUAUUAUUCGCCUUCUGAGUAGUUUUGUGAUGGAUGGGCCUCAUGGUGGGUCUAAUGCAACUGCCCCAUUUCUCACGAAGACGUAUGAGAUGGUUGAAGAUCCAUUGUCGAACUCCAUAGUUUCUUGGAGUCAUACUGGGCAUAGCUUUAUUGUGUGGAAUCCGCCGGAGUUUGCUAGAGCUUUGCUCCCCAAGUACUUCAAGCACAAUAAUUUCUCCAGUUUUGUCAGACAGCUCAAUACAUAUGUAAGCACUUUAUUGUAUUGUUCUAUUUAG